CCGGUGUUUUAUUUUAACAUAUUAAGUUUUUGUAAACAAUUUUAUGAAAAACGUGGUAAAGUGUUUGAAAAUGUCUUUAAAAUACAUUGAUAUUGGUGCUAAUCUAACAGAUCCCAUGUUUCGUGGCCUAUAUGGGGGCUCACAGAAACACCAGGAUGACCUGGAACUAGUUUUAAAGCGCUCAUGGACGCAAGGAUUACAAAAAAUGAUUAUCACGGUGGGCACUUUAAAUGAAGCGGACGAAGCAUUGUCCUUGGCACAAAAAGAUGAUCGACUUUAUAUCACCAUGGGAUGUCAUCCAACUCGCUGUGGCGAAUUUCUGCCUAAUCCGGAACAAUAUUACGAAGGACUGAAGGCAAAAAUUAACCAAAAUUCCUCAAAAAUAAUUGCAAUUGGUGAAUGUGGCUUGGAUUAUGAUCGUUUGCAUUUUUGUGAAAAGGAAACACAAAAAACCUAUUUCGAAAAACAAUUGUCCUUAGCUGAGGAAUUUAGGUUACCUCUCUUUCUUCACUGUCGUAAUUCCCAUGACGAUUUUAUAGAAAUAUUGAGAAGAAACAAAUCCAAACUGGAUUCCUGUGGCGGUGGCGUAGUGCAUAGUUUUACCGGCACUUUAGAAGAAGCUCAAGAUGUGAUUGAUUUCCAUCCAAACUUGUAUAUUGGACUAAACGGCUGUUCACUAAAGACUGAAGAAAACCUCAAUGUGGUACGUCAACUGCCUAAUGAUCGAAUAUUGCUGGAAACUGAUUGUCCUUGGUGUGGCAUAAGGCCUUCGCAUGCUGGCCAAAAGUUUGUGCAAACUAAAUUUCCCACCGUCAAGAAGAAGGAAAAAUGGACUGCGGAAUCGUUAAUUGAUGGUCGUUGCGAACCCUGCCAAAUAAGCCAAGUACUCGAAGUUAUAGCUGGUGUUAAGCAGGAAAAUGUUGAAAGUUUGGCAGAUGUUUUCUAUAAAAAUACAAUUAAAAUUUUCUUUUCAAAAGAAAAGUAAAGAACUUGACCGUUAUAGUAAAAAUCUAUGAUAACCCCAAGGUUGUCUUUUGUUAAAUUGAAA